GUUGACCACGUGGGCCAUUAUUGCGGACAAAGUUUAAAACUUUGAGUUAGUAAUUGUUACAAAUCGUGGUAGUACUGUAGUGUUUUUAAAUUUUAUUUUUGCUACAAUGUUGCGUCGUUAUAGUCGCUUAAUUACCAAGAUGGCUAGUCAUAGAAGUGUUGCCAGAAAUUAUCACGAUGAAUCUUUCGUCAUCGGUUCCGCACAAGAUACGAAAUCAGAGGUGUAUCAGGAAAAUUAUAUUCUAAUGAAAGAGCUAGUUGAUAAACUUAAAAAGACGGUAGAGAAGAUCAUAGAAGGUGGAGGUCAGAAGGCGAAGGAGAGACACGUUAGUAAAGGAAAACUUCUGCCUAGGGAAAGAGUCGAUACGCUUCUAGACCCUGGUUCGCCAUUCCUGGAAUUCUCACAAUUAGCAGGUCAUGAAUUAUAUGCCGGGGAGGAUGUUCCAGCUGGUGGAAUAAUUACUGGUAUCGGCAGAGUAGCAGGAAAAAAAUGUCUCGUCAUAGCCAAUGAUGCCACUGUCAAAGGCGGGACAUAUUACCCGAUUACUGUGAAGAAACAUUUACGAGCUCAGGAGAUCGCAGAGGAGAACCGACUACCGUGUAUAUAUCUAGUUGACAGUGGUGGAGCGAAUCUGUCCUAUCAAGCAGAAGUCUUCCCUGAUAAAAUGCAUUUUGGGAGGGCCUUUUAUAAUCAGGCCCGAAUGAGUGCAGCUGGAAUUGCUCAAAUCUCAGUCGUUAUGGGCAGUUGUACUGCUGGGGGAGCAUAUGUCCCUGCGAUGUCGGAUGAAAAUGUUAUAGUGAACAAACAGGGGACAAUAUUCCUGGCUGGACCGCCUUUAGUGAAGGCUUCAACUGGAGAAGAUGUUACAGCCGAGAAUUUGGGUGGUGCAGAGUUACACUGCUGUGUCUCCGGAGUGACAGACCAUUUUGCAGUGGACGACGCUCAUGCCUUGCAUCUUGCCCGAGCUGCGAUUAAAAGUUUGAAUUCCGAGUCCACUUAUAAUGUGAAAUUCGAUUCAAAUUAUGAACCUCCUUUACAUAACGUCGAUGAAAUUUACGGAAUCGUCGGUGGGAAUUUAAAGCGACCGUACGAUGUAAAAGAAGUCAUCAGCAGAAUCGUAGACGGGUCCCGUUUUCACGAGUUUAAAGCGAAGUAUGGAGAAACUUUAAUCACGGGGUUUGCAAAAAUCCACGGCUAUCCCGUAGGAAUAAUCGCGAACAAUGGUGUUUUAUUCUCCGAGAGUGCUCUUAAGGGUGCCCAUUUCGUGCAACUGUGCGCGCAAAGAAAGACGCCCUUAAUUUUCCUGCAAAACAUUACCGGAUUUAUGGUGGGUCGAGAUGCGGAAUCCGGAGGGAUAGCCAAAAAUGGGGCAAAAAUGGUAACUGCUGUGGCCUGUGCGGCUGUUCCCAAAAUUACCGUGGUAAUCGGCGGAUCUUAUGGCGCUGGCAAUUAUGGUAUGUGUGGGAGGGCCUAUUCGCCGAGAUUUAUGUAUUGUUGGCCCAACGCGAGAAUCUCCGUCAUGGGGGGCGAACAAGCCGCUGGGGUCUUGGCACAAAUUACUAAAGAGAAGCGAAUCAAAGAAGGCAGAGAGUGGUCUCAGAAAGAGGAGAAGAACUUGAAAGAGCCUCUGGUAAAGAAGUUCGAAAAGGAAGGCAGUCCGUUCUACUCAAGUGCAAGACUUUGGGACGACGGAGUAAUCGACCCCGUAGACACGAGAACGGUUCUCGGGCUCAGCUUAGCCGCGACUCUAAACGCACCGAUUCCAGAUAGCAAAUUUGGAAUUUUCAGAAUGUAAUGAAUUUCAUGAAACGAAAAUCUCUCAGGGAGUUGGUGGAAUGAUCGCGGGCCGACGUGGAUGCUGGAAGUCGUUAACGAAAUCAUCGUUAAUCUACCAAAGAUGCUCUAUUUUUUAUACAAGUUAUAUUCAGAUUUUACAUUUACUGGGUAUUUUUGAUAAUUUAUGCCGUUAAGGAGAAUAGAAGUUAUCUGUUAAACCA